CCGACGGAGCAAACGCUUCCGGUUUAGUAAACUGACAACAACAAACCGAGAGAACGACGACAGACAGACAGAAAACCAGACAGCAGACAGUAAACGAUGCCGUCCUGUGUGGACUACGAGGUGUUGUUCACUAUAGGAACAGGAUCUUAUGGAAAAUGCCAGAAAAUAAAACGGAAAUCUGAUGGAAAAAUCCUGGUGUGGAAGGAGCUGGACUACGGCACAAUGGCGGAGAGUGAGAAGCAGAUGCUGGUGUCAGAGGUGAACCUCCUGAGGGAGCUCAAGCACCCGAACAUAGUGCGGUACCACGACCGCAUCAUAGACCGGACAAACGCCACGCUGUACAUUGUCAUGGAGUACUGCGAGGGCGGGGACCUGUCCAGCCUCAUCACCCGCUGCAUCAAGGAAAGGCGUUAUUUGGAGGAGCAGUUCGUCCUGCGGGUCAUGGCUCAGCUCAUGUUGGCUCUGAAGGAGUGCCACAGACGCAGUGACGGCAGAGCGACGGUUCUUCAUCGAGACCUGAAACCGGCCAACAUCUUCCUCGACAUCAAACAGAAUGUGAAGCUCGGAGACUUCGGCCUCGCGAGGAUCCUGAACCACGACACCAGUUUUGCAAAGACAUUUGUCGGGACACCUUACUACAUGUCUCCAGAACAAAUCGACCGGAUGUCCUACAAUGAGAAAUCAGAUAUUUGGUCACUGGGAUGUUUGCUGUAUGAACUCUGUGCAUUAUCUCCUCCGUUUACUGCUUACAACCAAAAAGAGCUCGCAGAGAAGAUCAGAGAGGGGAAGUUCAGAAGAAUCCCGUACCGAUACUCUGAGGAACUGAACACUUUACUCUGCAAAAUGCUCAACCUGAAGGACUAUCUGCGGCCCUCUGUGGAGUCUAUUCUCCGGAGCAGCCUGCUGGCCGACGCAGUUGCUGAAGAGCAGAGGAGGACACAGGCGCGAUCCCGAAGGAGGUCGGCCGGCUCUGACUCCAACAAGCCGGCUGAACCGGCAGUCGCCUCUGCUGCAGAGCUCAGACUCAGGGAGCAGGCGCUGAGAGACCGAGAAAAGGCCCUAAAGGAACGUGAGGAGAGGCUGGAGCAAAGAGAGCAGGAGCUUUGUGUUCGUGAGCGACUAUCAAACGAGAAGCUUGCGAGAGCAGAGAGUUUACUGAAGAAUUACAACCGUCUCCACCAGCAGAGGGACCUGUCAACGUUCUACAGCAAAGACAUAGAUGUGGAGAACUUCUCUCCUGGAAAGAAGAAGGUCCACUUCGCCGGUGAGAGCAAAGAGAACCAGCGGCCUGACGUUCGUCAGAGCGUGACCUCCCAGGAGCUGAUUUUGAAGAGGCUGCAGGCGGCCAAACUGCGCGCUCAAACACUGAGUGAAGUGGAGAAGACCUGUCAGUUCAAGAGCAGACAGAUACUCGGCAUCCGCUGAUCAUACAGAUAUUUACUGUCUGACCUGUGACUGAUAUAUGGCAGCUUCUGAAUGCUGGGAGUCAUUAUAACUGGAUGUAAAUUAAACUUUAUUUAUAUGAUAAUUCAGUAGCUGUGAUGGUAGCGAAGCCAAAUAAUUCAAUCCUGUGUGUUGUAAUGUGGAUGUUGUGUCAGAAUUUAAUUUAGUUUGUGUGGAUGUGUUCAUUUUGUACUGUAUAUUAUUGCUAAAUAUAUGUAAGUUUUCUCAUGAGCUGCUUAGAAGUAGACAUAAAAGGGCAGAUUGUUUGGUGACUUUACAACAAAAUGUAGAAAUGUGUGUGGUGUAGACACAAGUGAUAAUAGAAUAUAUAUGAGGAAUAACUCCUGAACCUGUGAUGCUAAUGAACAUUUGAACUAUGCAGAAUGAAUGAUUGAAGUUUUCUGAUUAAAAACUACUAUUUAUAAGUAUAAA